GCCAUACUUUUUUCUCAUGUACAGAAGUUGAAAAUUACUUCAGUGGUGGUUUCUUCUCAUAAAAUGGAUAUUAAUCCGGAUAUUGGCACGCGAUGUUUUGGCGUGACCCAGCCAUUUUCUCUCGUUGGUGUUGAACAUGACUUGCGCAAUUUUGAAUGCAAGUCACAAGACGAAAGCUGUGAUGAAAGAUUCCAAACCUUGUGUCUUAUGAACUCAAACAUGCGCUGCUGAUGAACUAUUGUUUUCAAUGAAACUCUGGCAGUCUAACUUAAAUAUCGUAGCGAGGGAUAGCCUAUAAGGACAAGCUGGCAAUUAUGACAAGAUAUUCCAGCAACUGUAGCUCAUGGAUAUGGAUUGAACUCUUUACAUUAAGGGGAGAAAUACGAAUUCUUCAGACUGUAGUUGGAAUCCUUUCUAUACUUGGUUCGCUUAUUAUUAUUGUCACAUACUUCAUAUUUUUGGAUAUGAAAUCAACGGCAAGGAAGAUACUGGUAUUUAUCUCGUUCGGUGACAUUUUUACUGUUUUUCCCUAUAUUCUUGUCUCCUGGUUUCCUCACGACACUAACCUACACUUGGAAAAUUGUAAAUGGCAAAGUUUUUUCACAACAACUGCUGUUAUGUGGUCGUUCUUUUGGACAUCGUCACUGGCUAUUUACGUUUUUGUUGUAAUCACGAGAAAAAAUUACGAUUUGGGCGAAAAGUUGAUGCCAUCUUUUCACUUUUUUAACUGGUUGGUACCUAUUGGUGUUGUAACUCUGGCCUAUAUAAAGGAAAAGCUGGGUGGUGUAGAAUCUAUAGUAACAGGUGGUUGGUGCUGGAUAUCUACCGACAUUAGAAAGGAAGAGGCAAUCAAGUGGAUGUUUAUCACUGGAAAGGGUUUUGAGAUGUCUUCUUACUUCAUAAUUCUCACUUUCUGCUUUCUUACAGCAAGAAAAUUAAAGACAGAGGUGAAGAAGAGUCGUUUUAUAUUCUCGCAAGAAUCAAAAAGUGUGCUUUUGAACGGAAGGAAGAAGUUGAUUGCUGGUCCUGUAUUAUUUGUAUUUUUUCGUGUGUGGGGUACUGUCCGAUUUUUCAAAUAUGCUGUCUAUUCCAAUCCUGACUUUUGUUGCAAUUUACUUAAUAAAGUCCUUAUCGUACUUCAUAUAAUUGGAGAUUCAUCUCAAGGAUUUGUUUUCUUCAUUCUGUAUUGUUUGUGCACGACCAAAUUUCUCGAGAAUUGUCGAUUGUUGCUUAGUAUUUGUGGUAAAGGAAACAGCAAUAGAAAUAUUCGUGAGAUACUGUUGAAAAAAGAAAAUCUUAAAUUAAGACAAACAGCAAUGGCGAAUUGUACGUUCCGGCGGCUGACGAAUAUUCGAGUUCUUGAAACAUACCGUCUAUUUUUAUGUGGUUUUUACGUAAUCGUGUUCACUAUCUAUUUAUCCAUCUUUCCGAUACAACGACAUAAAGAAUUUUCUUGCUGACGCAAGCAAAUCCUUAAAAAGUAGAGCCUCGGAAUAUUUAAAAGACCUCAUUUCAUUCUAAAUUUUUUUUAUUUUACAAGAUAUACAAUAGCAUUACGUACAUUUUUACAUAUAUUUGUAAUAAAUAUAUUUUUGUCAUAUCA